UGCGCAGGCGUGGAUGGAAACGGCUACACAAACAAGCAAAACCCACCACCCUGAAGCCUCCGGCUCUUCCCCGCCCACCUUUCCCGGGCUGCGGCUCUCCAGCUUCCCAGUCGCCCGGCUUUCUCCGCCCCCGUCAACGUCUGGGCACGUCCCCCUCGCGGCGCGGGCCACGCACGGCGGUGCACUUAACCUCUCCCGGUCCGGCGCGGAGUUAGAGGCCCGGGCGGCGCGGGUGGUGCGCACUGCUGGUGGCGGGGAGCCGAGGCGGGAGCUCGGGCCUGCAGCCCCCGCCGGGCGGAGGAUGACUUGCUACCGAGGCUUCCUGCUGGGCAGCUGUCGGCGUGUGGCGGGCGGCCGGGCGGCGGUGCUGAGGGGGCCGGGCGCGGGAGGCCCCGCCGCGCGGCCGCGGCUCUGCGGUGACGGCGGCGGCCGGCGGCACCUGGGGCAGGGUCAGCCGCGCGAGCUGGCGGGCUGUGGCAGCCGCCCCGACGGCGGCUUCCGCCCGUCGCGGGUGGUGGUGGUGGCCAAAACCACCCGGUACGAGUUCGAGCAGCAGCGGUACCGUUACGCGGAGCUCUCCGAGGAGGACCUGAAGCAGCUGCUUGCAUUGAAAGGCUCUAGCUACAGUGGACUACUUGAACGACAUCAUAUUCACACCAAAAAUGUAGAGCAUAUUCUAGAUAGUUUACGGAAUGAGGGAAUUGAGGUUCGUCUAGUAAAGAGGAGAGAAUAUGAUGAAGAGAUUGUUCGAUGGGCAGACGCUGUCAUAGCUGCAGGAGGUGAUGGCACGAUGCUCCUGGCAGCAAGUAAGGUCUUAGAUAGACUUAAACCAGUUAUUGGAGUAAACACUGAUCCAGAACGGUCUGAGGGUCAUUUAUGUCUUCCUGUUCGAUACACACAUUCCUUCCCAGAAGCCUUACAGAAGUUCUAUCGUGGUGAGUUCAGGUGGUUAUGGAGGCAGCGAAUCAGGUUGUACCUUGAAGGGACUGGCAUAAACCCUGUUCCUGUGGACCUCCACGAACAGCAGCUAAGUUUGAAUCAACAUAGUAGAGCCUUCAACAUUGAAAGAGUUCAUGAUGAAAGACCUGAGGCUUCAGGACCCCAGCUUUUGCCAGUGAGGGCACUAAAUGAAGUCUUCAUCGGGGAGAGUCUAUCAUCCAGAAUGUCUUAUUCUUGGGCUGUAGCAGUGGACAAUUUAAGAAGAAGUAUACCCACUCUAAAGGGACUGGCUUCCUACUAUGAGAUUUCAGUUGAUGAUGGUCCAUGGGAAAAACAGAAGAGUUCAGGGCUCAAUUUGUGUACUGGAACAGGAUCAAAGGCCUGGUCAUUCAAUAUUAACAGGGUUGCAACUCAGGCUGUGGAAGAUGUUUUAAAUAUUGCAAAACGACAAGGAAAUUUAAGUCUUCCAUUGAACCGAGAAUUGGUAGAAAAAGUAACAAAUGAAUAUAAUGAAUCGCUGCUCUACAGUCCAGAAGAACCAAAAAUACUUUUCAGUAUUCGAGAACCAAUAGCAAACAGAGUUUUCUCCAGCAGUCGUCAGCGUUGCUUCACCUCAAAGGUGUGUGUUCGUUCUCGUUGUUGGGAUGCCUGCAUGGUUGUGGAUGGAGGUACUUCUUUUGAGUUUAACGAUGGAGCAAUUGCUUCGAUGAUGAUCAAUAAAGAAGAUGAGCUUCGAACUGUGCUUCUAGAACAAUGAAAGAUUUCCUCAGAUGACAAAUUUUGAUUACUGGGAAAUGCUUUCAUUUCACUGCAGAAACAGACUACUGCUCAUAAAGCUACAUAUGUUGGUUAUUAUUGAGACUGGUUGGCCCUGGGCUUCAAAGGUGACCAAGAAAGUGAGAUUUGCAUUAUUCUUCUUUUGGAUUUGGAUAGAAAAGAUUGUUCGCUGUGUUAGAAAAUGGAUGGACUAAACUGAUUAGAAUUGAUACCAGUGAAAUUUCUAUAUUGCUUAUAGUUGGUAUCUAAGAGUACUGAUAUCUUUUUAGAGAGGUAGGCUCAAAUAAAGGAUUAAAUGUUUAGGAUUUGAAAUUUCACUGUACAAGUUUUUUUUUUUUUCCUUCCCUUUCCUAACUGUGGAAUUGGUCAGACCAAACACAUACCAUCUGAUUAGUGUAUAUUUUUUAUAGUACCUAAAAAAUCGAUUUUUAAAAAAUUUUGAUGGAGAAUUUUGAUAAAUCCUGACAUUGACCUAAUUGAAGUAGGUAAAUGCGUUUUUUAUAUGUGCUUAGAAUUUUCUAAUUUCAGAAUACAAUAUUGUUACGGCUCUUUAUUAAGAAAUUCAUUUUUUAAAUUAUCGAUGUUUUCAUUUAAUAAUUGACUUUCAGGUUAAUUUCGACAGUGCUGGGUGAAAUGAAGUAUAUCUGAAAAAAAUCAUGAUACUGUUACAAAUGUAUUAAUUAUCCAGUAGCUUUUUUAGGUCAUAGACAGGUUUUUUUUGAAUGCUUUUGAGUCUUAAUAGAUUUCUUCCAUAUUUAAAACUCUAACAUGGAAUCAAAGACUAAAAGGAGCUGAUUAGACAUAUUAGGAGUUUGGUGAAACCUUUAAAAAAUAUUUUCAUCUAGUAUUAGGAGUAUUGUCAGAAAAUGGAUUCUUUAAUAAAUAUGCAAAACAUUAGUUUUGGAACUGCCUUACUUUUAAUAUCAUGGUAGUUUUCACCUAGCUCAUAUUCCAUGUUUCACACAUUAGCUUUGAAAGAUAAAAUGUUACAGCUUCCUUCACCUCCCCUCACCCCCAUGAGAGUUCCUUUAGUUUGAGAGGAAAUUAUCUAAUUCUUGAUCUACUUAUAAGUAAUCCUAGAAUUUUUACAAAACACCUAUUGCUGCAUCAUGAGACAACAGGUAUUCUCUUGCCAUUUAUUCAGAGUUGUAUCUUUUUUUCAUUUGCUGUUAAAGAGUUAUAUUCAACAUUUAGAUAUUUAUUGAACACAUAUCUUGUGCCAUGUACUGUGUCAGAUGCUGGGUAUACACUGAUGGACAAAAGACUCUAUCCUAAUAGAACUUGAGUCUUGUGAGCUAGGAAAUUCUGUGAAAGCUAGGCGAUGUAUAAUCAAAUUGAGUGCUAUUAGUUUUGCCAACACUUAACAUGUUCUUGUCAAAUUUUUAAAUAAAUGUUAUACAAAGGUAAUCUAGGUUUUGAUGUAUAUCCAGAACAAGAAUCUGUUCUUCUUUUCUAAGUAUCUGCAUAGACACUCGGAGCAGUGUUUACAUGAUUCAUACAAAAAAAAAAAAAAAAAAAAAUCAGUGUUUUCCCAGAGCUGGAUCUAGUUUCUGGCUUGAUUUAAAAUUAUUAACUGAAGAUAACACUUUAUGGUAUGGGAUUUCAGUUCUUUAUAAAAACUCUAAGAGGUGUAAGUACCUUCUUAACAAAAAUUCCAGCUCCAUCUUUACAUCAAGCAAAUCUGAUUGUCCAAAAUGGUACCACAGAUCUGUUAAUAUGUAACAUAUUAAUAGGCAACCUGCUCUGUAAAAUUGUUCAUAAGCCGUAAAGGUUAAAAAGUUAAUUUGCUCCCUUUGCAGUAUAACUUCUAACAUUUCUGCUAUGUGGUGGGGAUUGAUUUAGAAGAGAGAAGAGAAGAGGCAAAGGAUAUUACAAUAGAAGAAAUGUUUUUAUGAGUUAACCUCUUAAUGGUAACUAUAUGUGAAUAAACAAUUAAAUUAGUGUUUUUUUUAAACUACACUUGUUUCCUUAACUCUUACAGCAGCAUUAUUAGAAAACCAGAUUCUCCCAAAAUGUUGUUUCAAGUCUUUUCCACUGCUGUGCCCCAUUGACUGCAGUCAUUGCUAAUAUUUCACACAGAAUGAGGACUUAUUAUAUAAGCAAAGGGUAAAGUACUUACUAUUUUUGAUGCUU